AUGAACAGGGACUGGGUACAUAAUAAAAACAGGUUAAGCAAUCAGUAUAAGGCUGGUAUUGAGUCAUUUAUGGAAGUUGCAAGUCAUCAUAUGAAUGAGAAAAAUGAGACUCCAUGUCCGUGCAUGAAGUGCCAAAAUAUGAAUCGUCAUUCUCUUCCAAUUGUCAAAGCACACUUAUGGAGGUAUGGCAUGUCAGUGGUUUAUCACACAUGGAUAUAUCAUGGGGAACAAUUUGGGAUACAAAGACAAGAUUCACCUCCUACAACUACUCAAGAGGCACCUCGACUCGAUGAUUAUACAUUUAAUAUUUUAAAUGAUGCUUUCCCUCGAGAUAUUAACAUAGAUGAAGAUUUGGUAGAGGAAGAUGACAUGUUGGGAGGCACUGAAGAUGUGGGGGAUGAUAGGACCAAUAUGCAUUGGGUUGAAACUGAUAAGUAUGAGAAAUUGGUAGCUGAAGCUGAGCGAGAAUUGUUUCCGGGUUGCAAUGCAUCAGUUUUGACAGCAAUGGUACAAUUCAUGCAUGCAAAGGUACUUAAUCAUUGGAGUAACAAGUCAUUUGAUACAAUGUUAGAAAUACUUAGUGAUAUUUCUCCUAAACCUCAUAACAUUCCUCCAUCGUUCUAUGCUGCUAAUAAGAUGUUGAAAGAUUUGGGUUUGGGCCAUGAAAAAAUCGAUGCAUGUGUGUAUGAUUGUGCUUUGUUUUACAAAGAGCAUGAAGGGAAAGAUAAAUGUCCAGUGUGUGAUGAGCCGAGGUAUAAGCCUAGUACUAGUAAAAAGAAAAGCAAGGUACCCCAAAAAGUGUUGCGCUACAUUCCUCUGAAGCCAAGAUUACAAAGAUUGUUUAUGUCAAAUCAUACAGCUGGUCACAUGAGGUGGCAUAAGGAUAAAAAGGUUGAUGAGGAAGGUAUUAUGAGGCAUCCAGCCGAUUCCAUUGCAUGGAAGGAGUUUGACAAGAUGUACCCUCAGUUUGCUGAAGAUCCACGAAAUAUUAGGUUAGGGCUUGCAACGGACGGGUUUAACCCAUUCGGGAAUAUGAGCACAUCUUAUAGUAUGUGGCCUGUGAUGGUGGUUCCAUACAAUCUACCACCUUGGAUGUGUAUGAAAGAACAAUAUUCGAUACUGAGUUUGCUUAUUCCAGGCCCUAAAGCACCAGGCAAGGAACUUGAUGUGUAUUUGCGUCCGUUAAUUGAUGAGCUAAAGGAGUUGUGGGAACAAGGUGUCCAAACUUAUGAUAAGCUUUCUAAUACUAUAUUUAACAUGCGUGCAGCUGUAAUAUGGACAAUCAACGACUUUCCUGCUUAUGGAAAUUUAUCUUGUUGGAGUACAAAAGGUUAUAAGGCAUGUCCGGUAUGCCUUGAGGAUACAACGUCUACGAAGUUGAGAAAUAAAAUUUGUUAUAUGGGGCACCGUCGCUACUUAAAAAAGAAUCACCCAUGGCGUAAAGAUUGUCAAAAUUUUGAUGGAAGUAUUGAGAUGAGGGAUCCCCCUAGAGAAUUCUCUGGUGAAGACAUUUUGCUUCAAUUGAACCAACUUAUGCAGCGUAAGGUUGGUAAACACCCUGAUAAUUUGGACAGAAAGAGAAAGCGGACACCUAUGGAGUUAAAUUGGACAAAUAAGAGCAUUUUCUUCGAAUUAGAGUAUUGGUCCAAGCUGAAAAUCAGACAUAACUUGGAUGUAAUGCAUAUUGAGAAGAAUAUAUGCGAUAACAUUGUUGGGACAUUGUUGAACAUAGAAGGAGAAACAAAAGACACACCCAAUGCACGCUUGGAUUUGAAAGACAUGAAUAUAAGAACGAAUCUGCAUUUAGAUAAAGAUGAAAAUGGAAAGAUAAAGAAGUAUCUUGCAGAAUAUACAUUAGAACCAGCUGAUCGUCGAGCGUUUUGUGAAUUCUUGAAAUUUAUUAAAUUUCCAGAUGGGUAUGCAGCCAAUAUAUCACGAAAUGUCAAAGAUGGGAAGAUCUCGGGUUUGAAGACUCAUGAUUGUCACGUUCUAUUGCAACGAAUUUUACCUGUUGGAAUCCGACCAUACCUAAGAAAAGAAGUAUGUGCACCACUUGUAGAAUUGUCAAGUUUUUUCCAACAAAUUUGUGCAAAGACGUUGAAUGUUGUAGAUCUGGACAGGUUAGAGGUUGACAUUGUUUUAAUUCUCUGCAAGCUUGAGAAAAUCUUUCCGCCAGCGUUCUUUGAUGUCAUGGUUCAUUUGGCUUAUCAUUUACCGCGUGAGGCAAAACUUGGGGGACCAGUAGGGUAUCGAUGGAUGUACCCAAUAGAGAGGAUGUUGGGGAAGUUAAAGGGCUAUGUACGCAAUAGAGCUCGUCCAGAGGGUUCAAUUAUUGAGGGAUACAUUGCUAAUGAAGCAUUAACUUUUUGUUCAAUGUACUUACGUAAUGUAGAGACAGUUUUCUCUCGUCCUGAGCGAAACGACGAUGCCAGCGAAACGAAUGCAAAGCUUUCAGUCUUUAUCCAGAAUGCACGACCCUUUAAUGGCUAUAAAAUGCUUUUAUUGUCAGAGCGAGAAAUGGAACCAAUUUAUUGGUAUAUUCUGGACAACUGCGAGGAAAUUGAAUCAUUUAGAAAUGAGCAUCGUCAAAUAUUAGAGAGUGAAAGCCCCUUUAACAUAGAACAAAGACUUAGGCAAUCGUUUCCCCAAUGGUUUAAGAAGCGUGUCAAAUCAUUGUAUACCCAAGAAUCAACGUUGAUAUAG